UUCUGGAGCGUACAACAGUUUCAGCUUUUUCCCCAUUUUGGAGUGGUUUUUUCUUUCCCUUCAGCAUCCCUUUCCUGGAUCCAAAGCAGCUGCUCGGCUUUUGCGGUGAUUCUAAGACACCCGAGCCAAGAACUGGACAAGGGCAGCUGCAGAUACACAACCAGAGAAAUAGAAAUGCAUUUUCCCAAUUUUGGCUUCCCUGCCAUGUCCAUCUUCCUCCCCUUCAGACUGGAGUUCGCAACAACUGCAAGACACAAAUAGUGUUUCCCAGAGACCCUUGGUCCUGGCUUUCUGACCGCCCAUCAGUUUCUGAGUGGAUUUGGGCCCAUUUUGAGGCCAAUUUCUGGGGAGCCUUCAGAUUGAGUGUUCUUGAGGGAAGCGAGUUGAAAUCUUCCAGAUCUUUUUUUUUCUCCAUGUCCACAAAUGGUCCCUGGAUAGGAAGAUGGAAAAGGCGCUGCUUCUGGAGACACCAAAGCCUUUGAGAGGGUCCUUUCCUUCUCCCAUACCCAUCAUCCCUGCCCUCCUCGCUACAGACGCGCUCCUCUUUCCCGCCCUUUCGGGUACUGCUGACACUCCGCGCAGAGUCCACCAGAGAGCGCUCUCAGCCUCAGGAGGAAACUGGGCAUGCGCAGGACUCCUCCGCCAGGGCAGAAUCCCCGCGUUGCCCGGAGAAAUCGUAGGAAGAGGCUGCUCUUUCUCCUCCCCCCUCCCUCCGCUGAGAGGUGGGGGCGGGGCGUGGACAGGAGGCACGGAGGCUGCCGGGAAUCCCUGCGGGGAGGCGGAGCCCGACGAUACUCCCGAUUUACACGAGUGGCAGCUCUGCCCGUGCAAAGGGGUCCCGCGCUGGAGGCGAGCUUGGAGACGGGCCAAGUCUUCCCCCGAGAUGCAGAAACUAGAGUAAUGUCAACAACCUUCCUAACAAUAAAAAGUUAACUGUUGGGCAAAGAGCUUGGAUAGCCUUUGGUCAGUUCUGCAACUACCGGAAUAGUCUUAUGAAUUGAAAGGUGUUUGGAGAUCCACAAGAUUCCUCUGACCUAUCUGGAAUUUUUUCCAGGAUAGACAAAGGAUGCAGAAACAACGGUUAGCAAGUGAGGGAACUGGAAAAGGCCCCUCUGCUGUUCAGCCUGGCAGUUGUGGGAAGAUCUGGGCAAAAACUGAGCAGAGGUUCCUGGAGGAGAGAACCAUCAUCCGUUCAGAGAUUCAGCCCUGGAACUUCAGAAACAUCCAAUAUGAGGAGACUGAAGGUCCCCGAGGACUUUGCAGCAGACUCCACAACCUUUAUAGUCAAUGGCUGAGACCAGAAAAGCACACCAAAGCCCAGAUGUUGGACCUAGUAGUUCUGGAGCAGCUGCUGGCCCUUCUGCCCCCUCUGAUGGCAAACUGGUUGCGGGAAUGUGGAGCAGAGACCAGCUCCCAAGCGGUGGCCCUGGCCGAAGGCUUCCUCCUGAGUCAGGCAGAGGAGCAGAAGGAGCAAGUCGAAUUUCAGACCAGAGAUCCUAUGAGAAUCGGGAAUCCAUCAAUUUCUCCUCAGGAGCGGUUUUCCAGGAGGAUCUAUCAGGAAUCCACAAGUCAGGACAUCUCAGAUGGGAAGAAUGGAACGAAUCUGACUCUUUUCUAUGGUGGUGCUGAAAGAGUAGUUGAAGUUCCAACUCAGGAGGAUCUUGUGUCCUUUGAGGAGGUGGCUGUGUAUUUCUCUGAGGAGGAGUGGUCUCAGCUGUAUGCUGGCCAAAAAGCACUGCAUCGGGAAGUCAUGCUGGAAAAUCAUAGGAACGUGGCCUCUUUGGGUAAUAAUGGGGAGGAAAAUGAAGAUUCCAGAAAACUAUUCCAAGUGAUCAGUCAUGGAUACAAUACAAAGAACCCUACAAUUCUAAUGGAAGUAGAAAGCCAUGAGAGAAACCAGUCAAAUAAUUGGAAUCAGGAAAGUUCAUCUUCCAUUCAUGCACCAAUGAAAGCAUCUGUGGCUCAACAAGGAAAAAGAAAGAACAAAUAUAUUGGAAAAUGUAUAAAACCAUUCAAAGACAAAUUUGACGUAAAUGAACAAAAUCAAACCCAGAUCAAAGGAGAAGAUUAUAUAUCUAGAGAAAGUGGGAAAAAUUACAAAUGGACCUUGUCUCUUCCUCAUAAAAAUGAGUGUGGGAAAACCUUUACUAGUAACAGUCAUCUUACAUGUCAUCAAAUAAUCCAUAUAGGGGAAAAGCCUUAUAAAUACAUGGAGUGUGGAAACAACUUUACGAACACUAAAGAACUUACUUCACAUAAAAGGAUUCACACAAGAGAGAAGCCCUACAAAUGCACAGAGUGUGGAAAGUGCUUGAGCUCACUCAAAAAUCUUUCUGUACAUGAAACAAUCCACACAGGGGAAAGACCUUAUAAAUGUAUGGUGUGUGGAAAAAGCUUUAUUCAUACAACUCAUCUUAGUUCACAUACAAGGACCCACACAGGAGAGAAGCCCUAUAAAUGCAUUCAGUGUGGAAAGAGCUUUACUCAGAGCAGCAAUCUUACUUCUCAUGAAAGGAUCCACACAGGAGAAAAGCCCUAUAAAUGCAUGGCGUGUGGAAAGAGCUUCACUUGUAGUACUUCUCUUACUUUGCAUUAUCGGAUCCAUACAGGUGAAAAGCCAUAUAAAUGUAUGGAGUGUGGAAAGAGCUUUACUCAUAGGAACAGUCUUGCUUGUCAUAAAAGGAUCCACACAAAGGAGAAGAUCUAUAAAUGCCUAAAGUGUGGAAAGAGGUUCCCUAGGAGCACUGACCUUAUUUUCCAUAAAAGGAUCCACGCAGGGGAAAAGCCAUAUACGUGCCUGGAGUGUGGAAAGAGCUUUGUUAGGAACUCUCAACUUAUUUACCAUAGUAGGACACAUACAGGGGAGAAGCCAUAUAAAUGCAUGGAGUGUGGUAAGGCUUUUAUUACAAAUAGUUCUCUUAACGUCCACAAAAAAACCCACACAGGGGAGAAGUCUUAUAAAUGCAUGGAAUGUGGAAAGAGUUUUUCUAGAAACAAUAUUCUUAACACCCAUAAAAGGACCCAUACAGGGGAGAAGCCCUAUAAAUGCAUGGAGUGUGGAAUGAGCUUCAUUUGUAGGACUUCUCUAACUUUCCAUGUCCAGAUACAUAAAGGACUGACACAUAAAUGCAUGGAAUGUGGAAAGAGUUUUUUUACAAACAAUUAUCUUAAGAAACAUAAAAGGAUCCACACAGGGGAGAAGUCACAUAAAUGCAUAAAGUGUGGAAAGAGCUUUAUUAAUAAAAGCCAACUUAUUUACCAUAGUAGGACACAUACAGGGGAGAAGCCAUAUAAAUGCCUAGAGUGUGGAAAAUGCUUUUUUGUCUCUAGUAGUCUUAACCGCCAUAAAAAGAUUCACACAGGGGAGAAGCCUUAUAAAUGCAUGGAAUGUGGAAAGUGUUUUUCUACGAAGAAUUAUCUUAACACCCAUAAAAGGAUCCACACAGGGGAGAAGCCGUAUAAAUGUAUCGUGUGUGGAAAAGGUUUUAUUACGAAUAGUUAUCUUAACUCUCAUAAAAGGACCACACAGUGUAAAAGCCCUAUAAAUCUGUGAAAUGUGGAAACAUCUUCAAGACCAAUGGGCAAAUGUUCCAUAUACAGAAACAUUUGGGCAAUAAUCUGUUUAACUGUUAGGUUUAGUUUUUGAAAUAUAUGUAUUUCCUAAUUACAUCUAUUGAAUUUUUUGACUCUGACCUUCACAAUUGGAAGCCCCAGAGUGAUGAAUUUACUAAUGGAAACCAAACGCUACGCAUGUGGUGUUUUAAUUAUGAACAGUGGAUUUUUGUAGCUACUGUCAUUGACCACCAAUGACAUUUCACAUAAAUAAGAAAACAUCUUUUUUCUUCAUGUUUAUCCCAUUUCCAAUUGGAUCAUAAUAGAGAAAGCCCAAAUUCCCAAUGAAACUUUAUAAAAGUUUAAUUUUUGAGAGCAAUCAUAGGGCUUAACUAGCUAAAUGUCAUUCCAGGCAUUCUAUGGGAAAAGCAUUAAUCAGCAAUGGUGUCAGAUGUCUAUCUUUGCUUUCUUUGAAGCUAGCUAGCAACUGCCAUAACUAGGGGGAAGGGGACAUUUGGUAGAGGAAGAGCACUGGAGGUGUUAAAGAAUGGUGUGAGAAUUUGAGUAUGGGCAUUAACAGGAACUAAAGGUACCAAACUGAGUCAUCUGCCUGCCCUCAAGGACACCAGCCCUGGGAAAGAAUUUAUAGCCACUCCUGUAAGAUGCUAAGAAAAAGACUCAAGCAUGUCUUGAGCAGAGGUUUGAAGCUGCAGAACACCACUUGACAAACUCUUACUGCUUUUUAUAUACUUGUUAAAUACACCAGCUUAGCCAUUAGGUGCUGACAAAGGUUUCUUCAUUGGAAAAUGUCUUCAUGUAAGCAACUAUUUCCUAGUAACACAUUACAUGAUCAAAGACCAGGUAAAGAGCAAACAAGAGAAGGAACUAACAAAGGUAGGAAAAGAUA